UACUCCAAGGACCAAGACGAUGUUUUGAGCAUUGUCCUAUCUACUACAUAUGCCACUGGGUGGGUCGGGAUGGGAUUCUCAAAGGAUGGAAUGAUGGUUGGCUCCAGCGCAAUGGUGGGUUGGAUGGGCAAGACCGGCAUACCUCACAUCGAACAAUACUAUUUAGGUGGAAAGUCUAGUUCAGAAGUCAAAUUAAACCAGGGACAGUUGCUGACUACCUCCAUUCAACCUACAGUAGUUGUUCAGAAGGCCAAAAUCUACAUAGCAUUUCAAUUGAAAUUUUCAGCUCCUAUUACUCAGCAGAAACUUCUGUUCGCUCUUGGGACGAAAAUUCCAGUCAAUAAGCGCCUAACAAUACAUGAUGAUAAGACAUCUAUUUCCUUUGACUUCUCAGCAGGUACUUCUUCUGCUCCUUCUUCUUAUCCAUCCACUCUGAAAAGGACCCAUGGAGCACUGGCUAUAUUUGGGUGGGGUGUGCUCUUACCUAUAGGAGCCAUUGUUGCAAGAUACUGCAGGCAGUGGGAUCCAUUAUGGUAUUACCUUCAUGUGGUCAUUCAAUUUAUUGGUUUUGUAUUUGGUCUUGCGGCUGUGGUGGCUGGAGUCGCACUAUAUGACAAACUGCAUGCAAAUGUCACUGCACACAGGGGCAUUGGCAUUUUUGUCCUUGUGCUGGGUAUUCUUCAGGUGAUAGCAUUUUUUCUACGACCCGGUAAGGACUCCAAAAUCCGCAAAUACUGGAACUGGUACCACCAGUGGGCUGGAAGGCUUGCACUCUUUUUUGCAGCAGUUAAUAUCGUUCUUGGGAUUAAAGUUGGAGGUGCGGGGAGUUCCUGGAAAAUUGGUUAUGGUUUCAAUCUUGCUAUCCUGCUAAUAGCAUCCAUCGUUCUGGAAGUCCUGUUGUGGACAAGAUGGUCCAAGAGAUCCGCGGCUUAUCCAACAUAUUAGAUGCAACUUAAUUGAAUCCAUGUUUUUGUAAUCAUUAAGGUUAAGGUAUGGUUUUAAUUAGGUGUGACAUUGGUAAGUUUUCUUUGUUGUAUAUCUUUCAACAACCAUUUUAAGAUUAGUCAUUGCUGCCUAUGUUGGUCCUCU